AUGAAGUUGGUACUCUUCUUAACCACUUUUUUCGUUUGCAUUUUCAUUUGUCAAGCACAGUACGGUGGAGGUGGUGGAGGUGGUGGUGGUGGUGGUAAUGGAGGAUAUGGUUAUGGUGGUUAUGGACCGAAUGGACCUUAUGGUGGCGCAGGAGGAAAUGGUGGUUUCGGAUACUACGGACCUGGUGGUAGCGGCGGCGGCACCAGUGGAAACGGAUAUAGCUACAGUGGGCCUUAUGGGGGCGGCGGUGGUGGGGGAUAUGCCUAA